UCCAGCAACAACAGGCAAUCCAAUACCAACAAUUGCAUUCUCAUCUCCCGCAUCCACAUCAACCACCCAUGCCUCAGAGCCCCAACAACUCGCAGUCGAUGGGCUCGCCUGGUUCCCCUGGUCGGAUGCAGAUACAGAUGCAGAUGCCAACAUCUGUGGCCGACCCAAGGACAGGAAUGAUGAUGCAGAUUUCUCAACAGCCGUAUAUCCCUGCAGAAGUAUCCGCAGUAUACGACCCCAACGUCGGACCUAGGAAAGGCUAUGCGAUGUUGCAGUCUAUCUCUGUGGAUGCUGAGGACAGGUCGUUCAUGAUGAGCUUGAGCACAGACACGUUCGCACACAGCAUUGCAAUUAACCAUCAGGUGUCGACCAUCACUGUGGUACCGCUCUUGGCGCCGCAACUGGCGUCUAUUCAGCAGCAGGUCGGUCUGUCUGUGUUUCAAAAUGGGAGGAAGCUGCAGCCAACGGGACUCGUGGCGCAACCAUCAUCCCCUUCGAUCGGACAUCAUGCGUAUACGAUCCAGUUGAUCUCUGGACAGAAUACGAUCGACGUAUGGAUCAGCGCUCAGGUUGGAGGACUCUUCCAGGGGGGCAUGCCAGGCGGCAAGCUGGAGACACAGCAGUUUUAUCUGUUUAUUCAGCGCAAUAGCGUUUAAUUUUUUUUUUCGUCCGAGCAAAGGAGGGACGGAAGGAUCGAAGAGGGACCAAGAAAGAAGCAAUAAUAAUGCAGCCAUGGCAUAGAAGCUCAUGAAAUAAAAAGAAACAGAAAGACAAAAUAGGCG